GUUCAGCUCGUCUAAAAAAAACAGGAAACAAAAUUUUGUCCAACCUAACCAAAUAAACUCGUUUCUUUGUUUUGUGUAUGUUCUUUUUUUUUGUUGUAUUCCCUGUUCUAUACUGACUAAUUGAUGACUCAUUAUUGUCUAACCUAACCUAUUGUUGUUGUUGAUGAAAUAGAAAUUUCCAAAAAACAAAGAAAUUGAUAAUUUAUUUCGAAACAUCAAUUCGAAACAACAAAUUCAUCAAGCAAAAAACAAUGAUGAAAUCAAAUGAUGAUGAAGAAUUUCAUAAAUUUUUCGAUUCAAUCGGUCUUGAUUCAUGGAUCGAGCCAUUGAAAAAUGUCGGCGUUUCAUCAUUGAAAUUUUUAUACAUUAAUUUUAACGAUAUAAUCAAUGAUGAUAAUGAUGAUGAAAUUUUAAAUUCAUUACGAACAAAUCGUCUUCAUGUUAAGAUAAUAUUAAAACGUUUAAAGGAUAAAUUUGAUUCCAAUAACAAUGAUUUGCCAAAUGUAAAUACAUCGAUCCUAAAUACGUCAACUUUAAAUACAUCAAAUGUAAAUACAUCAUUAUCAUCAUCAUCAUUCGAUACUACUCAAGUAGAAACUCCAAACAAACGACCUAAAAGAAAAUGUGCAAAAAAAUCUAAAAGUCCUAGUCAAUGUAAUGGAUUGUCAACACCUGAACAAGCGAAUGAUUCUACUCAAAAAUCCGAACAUAAAUUUCCACAAACAACAGUAAUGCAAGCUUCAAUAUUGAAUGCAAACAUUGAAGGAAUUUAUUAUGAAGAAAAACUUAUACCAAAACCAAAUGGUGGUCAUGAAGAAUUUAUUAAAAUUUUUGUACCCGAACCAGUUGAACCGAAAAAACAACGAUUUCUUGAUGAUUGGCAUCAAUAUGGACAGAUUCGUUUUUUUGAUGCUGCUAAUUAUCAACCAAAUUUACCACAAAUUUUACAUGAAUUUAUGGCCAAAGUAAUAGCCACUAUUGAACCAAUACCACAAAAAGAAUUUGAUCAAAUGAAAGAAUUACUUAGUAUGACUUUAUUUCAAGAUUUACAACAUUAUUUUAUAUGGCGUUUACCAACUAGAUUUUUACAUACAGUUUGUGAUCGAUUAAUACAAAUGUAUCCAAUGUGGGAUGAUGGAUCACCAACUAAAACGGAAACGAUUAAAAAACGAAUAUUGGAUAAAUAUAUGCAUUUUCGUCGUUAUAAAAUAGCACCCGAUUGGGUUGAACAUAGAUAUAUUAUGUUGAAAAAUGAAAUUGAAAAUGGUGUAUUACCGAAUGGUGGUAAAAAACGUGGCCGUUUAAUACCACCAAAACCACCAGCUGUUGAUAUUGAUAGCGAAUUAGAUACAUCGACGACAACAACAACAACCAAUGUUGUUUGUACACCAUCAAUAAUGGAUAUCGCUGAUCAAAGUUUAAAUAUCACUGCAAAUGAAUCUGUUGAUAAUGUAGCUGCUUCAGAUGAUGCGGCUGCCGGUGAUAAUGGUUGUAUUGUCGAUAAUAAUGUUAAUGAUAAAAAUGUUGAUAAUCAACCAAUGACCAUUGAUCUUGAAUUGCUUGAAAAUAUCAAAACAGAAUUUGAAUAAGAAUAAUAAUUAACUCAAAGAAGCCAAAAAUGAGGAAAAAUUCAUUUAUUUUUUACAAAUUUGUCAAAAAAAUAUUUUGUUUCAAUUCAUUUUCUAA